UGAGCGGUCUGCCAGGUUAGUGGGUGAAUGUGUGACUCAUUUCCUUUUCUGGAGACGUCAGUCUUCUGCUGGGCUGUAAAAGGAGGUGAGGUGGUUCAGUGUUCACUAGAUCAGAGGACGGUUCACCAGGAACACGGAUUACCAUGGAGAGAAAAGCCUUGCUUUGCAUCUUCUUCUUGUUGCUACCACUGGUCUUCGUGUCUGCAGUCAUACCUGUCCUUCACUCAAUAAAUGACCUCAGGAACAUCGAGUUUGGCCACAGAUUCCCUCGUCAUGGCCUAAUGCUGCUACACUUUGUCUCUAGCGGCCUAUACGUCGAUAACAACAAUGUCCUCAUACCAACGUUCUCGCCAGAAAGGGGAGACUGGGGCUUCCAUUACUUCAAUAACUAUGAAGAACUUUUUCCACCACUGCCAGAUCAGAACAGACAGGGUUACUACGCAGUCGGGAAUAUCAACACACCAACAGCAUACCCACUCUAUCCUUAUGUCACUCGCAACUACUACCUUACCCCAGGAAACUUAGAGAGGAACAUGGACAGGUUAGUUGUCAGAACAAGCCCCAACUGGCCACUGUUAGAGGCAGUCUACAUAACACAGCACUAUCGAAGAAGCAGUGAGUAUGACCCCCAUAGCAGUGAGUAUGAUCCCCAUAACACCUACCAAAUCAGCCCCGCCCUCCUGCGGGAGAUCAGGACCGUCAUCCAUAACAGGGUGGACAGUGUGCAGGCAUUUCUGUACGCUGCCGGCUAUGACGUACACUCCAUGUCAUUCACACAGAACUGCUAUGCCUCUAGUAGCACAUACAAGGUUGAAGAAGCAGGCCGAAUGACUCUGAAUGAGUCCACUGCUAUAAUGAAAGAGGCAGUGGUGAAUGACCACCACACAGAGUGCUAUGCUGUUGUGACCCAGGUGAAAUCCACAGAAAGUGGGUACGCCCGGCUCGGAUGGGCUAAUGUCCCUGACAGCCUACUGGAUGUGGGGGUGAUGCUGGCACUCUUUAAUAGCAAUGGAAAUAAUCUCUUCUCUCUCCCUCUUGGCACGCGCAGCUACGGAACCUAUGACAGCAACCAGUACCUUAACCACGGCCUACAGGUCAAGCUCCUCUCCAAGGACGGGUCAAAUGUCUUCAUGACCGGGCCUCGGUAUGAUGACGCAGACAGGAAGGUUCCUGUUGGCAUAGAGGGUUAUGACGCCAGUCUGCAGCUCUACACUAAAGGCAGCUAUGCUUGCGCUCGCCUGUUCAUCAAAAAGACCUUCACCAAAUGGAAGACUGAUUUCUAUAACUCGUGGGUUGCAUUCUACUCCAAUCACAAAGAUGCUAGUAAUUCUUACUAUACUUACGAGUACGCUGUCAGAUUCACUAAGCAGGAUGACACAAACAUAAAAUAUGAUAUAUAUUCGUAUGUGUCUAGUUUGUCCAUUCAACCUGGAGCUCAAGCUCGAUUCUUCCUCACGAAAACAUACGAUAACAUUCUGACAGAAACUACACCAUGGGAAAGGUAAAAAGGUGUCCGGAAGAUUGCUGGUAUUAGUAUUAGUGUCUCCAGCCGUGAGCGAGUUACUUUACCUAUCAGAGGAGAAACCAGCAGAAUCUUACAACACUUGGAAAGAAAUUGGAAAGCAACAGUGUAAAUUUAAAGCACCCAACAGAGAACACCUCAGUCAUGUGAUUACCAAAGAGCCCCGUCUCCACCACUUACACAACACCACACCAUCUCCGUGGCGACAGAGCAGCCAAUCACCAUGCAGACGGCAGUAGAGAGCAGACAGGAUUGGACACAUCUGACCCUUCUGUAACUCAGAGACUGAUUAGACUACUACUAAAAUAUGUUUGGUCUCAGGUAAUAAAGAUGGAGAUGUGUGGAGAGGAUGAGUGAAUGAAUGAAAAGGUGUAAAUCAGUAUAAUGCCCUGAGGUAGUUUAUCUACCCUGACCUAUGAUAACUUCAUAACUGCAAUUGAACAAACUACACUGACCAGACCAAUCGAGAAGUGAUGUCUGUAAUGUCUACAUGUCAAAUGUUUGUAUUGUCUACUACCGUUAAUUGUGGUACAGUUUUUCUAUAUAAAUUGUAAAUUAUGUUUUGUUGUGUUCAUGGAGACCAGGAAGAUUAGUGGUCGUCAUGGCGUCAGCUAAUGGAGAUCCCAGUAAAGAUAAAGAUAAAUAACAUUGUGUUAUAUUGAAGGCCAUGAUUAUUAAGAUUGCUAAUGGAUGGGUAGAUUUGUUUGGGCUGGUUAGACUCACAAUCUAACAACAGAGGAGCAGAGGGCCAGCAGUAUUUUGACUAGGGUUGCAAAAUUCUGGGAAAUUUCAAUACGUUUCACAGAAACAAAUAUAUUUUAAGGAGUGGAGGCUGUUGAGGGGAGGACGGCUCAUAAUAAUGGCUGGUUAAACUGAGUCUAACCAGCCCAAACAAAUCUAUAUUUUAAACAUAACUUACUGACAAUUUUUUUAUUUUCUAUGAACUUGUCUGUCGGGCCCGGCAUUAAAGACCAUAGGUGGUUUUAAGAAAAAUUGUGCAAAAUAAAAACACAUACCAAUUUCAUUUAGGACCUAAAAAUUGACAGCUGUGCCGUAUAAAUUGCAAAAUAGUUGGGAAGAGAUUUUCAAUUGUACCCAUUCCAUGGCACAUGGUUUAUGAAUUGACAGACAAAACAAUGCCGGAUUCAAAAUUUCAAAUGUUUCAAUUUAAGUUGUUAUACAUAAUUCUUGCAACCAAUAGAAUGUUUUAUAUGUGGGGGAUACAAUCUUCCCAGCUCUGCAGAUUCUGCUGUGAAGCAGUGUCAUUAGAUCAUUUAUUUUGGUGUUGUCCAUAUGUAGCUCGUUUUUGGUCACAGGUCCAGGAAUGGCUGAAGAAUUGCAGAAUUUACCUAGAAUUAACAUUGCAGACACCAAUACUGGGUGAUUUAAAAAGUCAUAGUCAAUCAAUCAAUAAUAUAAAUUAUUUUUGCAAAAAUGUUUCUUUAAUUUACAAUCUGCAGAAGCUAUGAGAAUAGAAAGGUUCAGCAUCACAGCACAGUUGAAAAAUCUAUGGCAAAUAGAAAUCCAAUAUGGAUGGUGUUAAGAGACAGAUGGGAGGUGUUGAACGGAGCUGAAGGGUGGGACUAAUAACAAGAUAAACAAUGUAAAACAUACGGGAUCUGUAGAAUGUAUAUAGGUUCAGAAAUGUUGCGAAAUAGCACAGUUACAAAUAGAAAUCUAACUGGAUGGACAUCAGAAAUAGAGGAAGGACUAAAAAAAAAAAUAUAUAUAUAACGAUUGAAAGAUUGUGCAUGUAAAAUGUGUAAUGUGUAUGUAUGCACUGAAGGUUAUUAAUAUGUAUAAACUGAAGGUAGAAGCAUAAGUGUUAUUGUUUAUUAGUUUACUCCAAUUGGGGGAAGGAUGGUAGGGUUUGCAGGGAAUAAUAAAGGUAUAUUCUAAAAAAAAAAAAAAGUAUGUAUAUGUGUGUAUGUAUAUAUGUAUGAAUGUUUCUGUAUGCAUAUACAUAGUUUGUUAACAAGACAUUUGUGGAGUGGUUGAAAAACGAGUUUUAAAUGACUCCAGCCUAAGUGUAUGUAAACUUCCGACUUCAACUGUAUAUAUAUAUAUAGUCAUUAAAACUCGUUUUUCAACCACUCCACAAAUUUCUUGUUAACAAACUAUAGUUUUGGCAAGUCAGUUAGGACAUCUACUUUGUGCAUGACACAAGUAAUUUUUCCAAUUGAUUCUUUCACUUAUAAUUCACUGUAUCACUGUAAUUUGAGUGAAUUGGAGGUGUACCUGUGGAUGUAUUUCAAGGCCUACCUUCAAACUCAGUACCGCUUUGCUUGACAUCAUGGGAAAAUUUAAAGUAAUCAGCCAAGACUUCACAAAAAAAAAACUCCACAAGUCUGGUUCAUCCUUGGGAGCAAUUUCCAAACGCCUGAAGGUACCACGUUCAUCUGUACAAACAAUAGUACACAAGUGUAAACACCAUGGGACCAUCCAGCCGCCAUACCGCUUAGUAAGGAGACGCGUUCUGUCUCCUAGAGAUGAAAGUACUUUGGUGCGAAAUGUGCAAAUCAAUCUCAGAACAACAGCAAAGGACCUUGUGAAGAUGCUGGAGGAAACAGAUACAAAGGUAUCUAUAUUCACAGUAAAACGAGUCCUAUAUCGACAUAACCUGAAAGGCUUCUCAGCAAGGAAGAAGCCACUGCUCCAAAACCGCCAUAAAAAAAGGCAGACUACGGUUUGCAACUGCACAUGGGGACAAAGAUUGUACUUUUUGGAGAAAUGUCUCCUGGUCUGAUGAAACAAAGAUAUAACUGUUUGGCAAUAAUGACCAUCGUUAUGUUUGGACGAAACAAGCCGAAGAACACCAUCCCAACCGUGAAGCCCGAGGGUGGCAGCAUCAUGUUGUGGGGAUGCUUUGCUGCAAGAGGGACUGGUGCACUUCACAAAAUAGAUGGCAUCAUGAGGGAGGAAAAUUAUGUGGAUAUAUUGAAGCAACAUCUGAAGACAUCAGUCAGGAAGGGAAGGAAGAAAGCUUGGUCGAAAAUGGGUCUUACAAAUGGACAAUGACCCCAACCAAGCAUACUUCCAAAGUUGUGACAAAAUGGCUUAAAAACUAUUGGAGUGGCCAUCACAAAGCCCUGACCUCUGCGGGCAGAACUGAAAAAGUGAGUGUGAGCAAGGAGACCUAGAAACCUGACUCAGUUGCACUAGCUCUGUCAGGAUGAAUGGGCCAAAAUUCCACCCAACUUAUUGUGGGAAGCUUGUGGAAGGCUACCCGAAACAUUUGACCCAAGUUAAAUUUAAAGGCAAUGCUACCAAAUACUAAUUGAGUGUACAUAAUCCUCUGACCCACUGGGAAUGUGAUGAAAGAAAUAAAAGCUUAAAUAAAUAA